GCCCCUCAGUGGGUAUACAAGCAUUCAAGGAAAAGCACGACACCGAAAACGUCAAAAAGCUCGAAAAAACCAGUCCAGGCCCUUGGGACAAGCGAUCGUCGCCUUUGGAGAUGCGGACCUGAAGCCAAUGAAAAAACACGCCCUUGUUCCCAUCAAGGCAUUUCGAAAAGUUCUUGCCCGAAAAGCGUUGGUCCUUUGUGACGACGAAUAUCGAACCAGCAAAGUAUGUAGUCAUAGUGACUCGGAGACUGUGGAAGUACGAGAUGAACAGAUUCUCGUAUGCAAGCACAAGAAAAAGACCUUCAAACGUAAAAAUGUCGACAAAAGGCCUCGAAGCCGAUGUCUAGAUGACGAGGGAAACAUUAUUUCCUAUUCAUCAGUUUGUAAUCGUAAUCAAAGAAAGAGCUGCAGGUCGAUCUUGGCAGAGUAUCAUUUACCCGAUUCGACUGUGCCCCCAGUGCAAGUCGGCUAAUGAUGACUCCAAAGGAUUGGUAACCAAACCUUAAAAUCUAUGAUGUUUUGAAUAUUGACUUGUAUUCUUUAU